AAGGGGGAAUAGUAACAUGUUACCCGUAUAUAAACGGAGACGCACGGAGAAUAUCCAGGCGGGCAGCGUGAUGGGAGAAGGGAAGCCAACUGCCUACUCACCUUCGUCUUCUUCCUCUUCCUCUUAUAUCUCUCGUUUCUGCUCUUCGGCUCUCAGGACCAAAACCCUAGCCUCCUCUUCGCCCUCUGACAGCUCCAUCCGCACGCUUUCCGGCGACGCUCUUGUCCGCCGCCUCGGCCUCUUCGACCUCAUUCUUAUCGGCGUUGGCGCCUCCAUCGGUGCUGGAAUCUUCGUCGUCACCGGAACCGUCGCCCGAGAUGCCGGACCUGGAGUUACGAUUAGCUUUAUCCUUGCUGGAGCAUCAUGUGUACUGAAUGCACUAUGUUAUGCUGAGCUAGCGUCCCGAUUUCCUGCUGUUGUUGGGGGAGCGUACCUGUAUACUUACACAGCUUUCAAUGAGCUGACUGCUUUCCUUGUUUUUGCACAAUUGAUGCUUGACUAUCAUAUUGGGGCAGCUAGCAUAGCUCGAAGUUUAGCCAGCUAUGUGGUUGCGGUACUAGAGCUUUUUCCCUUUUUCAAGGAAAACAUUCCAAGCUGGAUUGGACAUGGUGGUGAAGAGUUCCUUGGUGGAGCUCUGUCUAUCAACAUAUUAGCACCAAUUCUGCUUGUACUUCUAACAAUAAUUCUAUGCCGAGGUGUUGGAGAAUCUUCUGCUGUGAACUGUUUCAUGACUGUGACAAAGGUAGUUAUCGUUCUCUUUGUGAUCAUUGUUGGUGCUUUUAAGGUUGAUGUUUCUAACUGGUCUCCUUUUGCUCCAAAUGGUUUUGAAGCAAUAUUGACUGGUGCAACUGUAGUAUUCUUCGCAUAUGUUGGAUUUGAUGCAGUUGCUAAUUCAGCUGAAGAAUCUAAAAGACCACAGAGGGAUUUGCCAAUAGCCAUCAUGGGGAGCCUUCUUGUCUGUGUCGUGUUAUAUAUUGGUGUUUGCUUAGUAAUCACUGGAAUGGUACCUUACAAGCUCCUUGGGGAGGAUGCUCCUUUGGCUGAAGCUUUUACAUCCAAAGGCCUGAAGUAUGUUUCCAUUUUGAUCAGCAUAGGUGCUGUUGCUGGACUUACUACAACCCUUCUAGUUGGUCUAUAUGUUCAGUCUCGGUUGUAUCUUGGGCUUGGAAGGGAUGGUUUAUUACCUUCAUUAUUUGCUAGAGUACACCCAAAAGCCCAUACCCCUGUUCAUUCUCAGAUCUGGGUUGGUAUUGUCGCUAGCAUCUUGGCAGGAUUAUUUAACAUCCAUGCCCUCUCACACAUUCUUUCAGUUGGCUCAUUGACAGGCUAUUCUGUUGUUGCAGCAUGUGUUGUAACCCUUCGCUGGAAUGACAAGACAGCAAGUCAAGUUUCUACAAGGUGGACUUCAACCUGGCAAGAAGGUGUCAUUUACCUUCUCAUUAUUGCUGGUUGUGGUUUCAGUGCUGGACUCUUUUACCGUGUCGGUGCUUCAUUCUUUUGUCUGCUUGUAGCUGCAGUCAUAGCAGUACUUGCCUCUAUUGCUCUUUAUAGCAGACAAGUGUACAUGAAUCCACCAGGGUUUUCUUGUCCAGGAGUUCCAAUUGUGCCAGCAGUAUGCAUCUUCUUCAACAUCUUCUUGUUUGCUCAGUUACACUAUGAAGCAUGGGUGAGAUUUGUCAUCCUCAGCCUUAUUUCAAUAGGUAUUUAUGCAUUUUAUGGGCAGUACCAUGCCGACCCUCUGAGUUCAAAUGAGACAAUUAUCUAUCAUAGAGCACCAAUUGAAGAAGGGCAAUAAUAACUAUUUGCUGUGUCCAUGCGUAUCAUUGCUAUAUGUUGUAAUUAAAUGUUUAGUAUCGGAAUAAGAGUAGGUUGCUGUCAACUGUAUUACAAAGACAUAUUUGUCAUAUAUGACCCUAAUUGGACUGUAUUCCAAAGUUCCUGAAACGAUUUGUUAUUGUGUGUAGA